UUUCGCUCCCACACCAACGGCACAACAUCAUUUUUACUUCAUAAAAUAGAUUUACUGGUAGUAAGUAAGAUACCAAAAGUUCGGAAAUUGACACCUAGCCCAUUUUGUGUAAUCGGUGUUGAAAGCCGGUACUAUUUUUCAGUGAGGCGCAGUGAUAUCUAGUGGGGAGUGGCGCGGUUUUGGUCACAUGGACCAAUCAGGUAGCAGCUUUAUUCUAACAACAUACCUGCUAUGGCGACGACAACAUCCGAGAGUGAAGAGGAACGAAAGACCUCAAAAGUUAGAAAAAAAGUGCGUAAAGAGGAAAAUAAAAGAUGCUAUAUGCAUCUUUCAUCUGUGAACAAUGAGGACGUCCAGCACUUCACUCGGACACGGUGGGACACAUACAGAAACUAUUUAAAACAGUGGCUUUGUCUGCAAGACCAGAACAAGCAUCUGGCAGAAAUCUAUAAACAUUGCUCGGAUGUAGAUUUUGACGCUAUUCCUGACGACGCUGGGUUUCACGCAACAUGCUACCGACGUUUUACAGAUAAAUCUGCAUUGUUUUAUGCCGAGAAAAGGACCGCACGGGCGGUGGGAGAACCAUCUGCAGCCGCAGGUCAGUCAGCAGGCACGUCUGAAACUCCCCGAAAGAAACUUCGAUCUCGUUCAGGUUUGCCCGUUGCUUCUGCCGGCCCCGUCCUGCCAGCCAUCUGUAUAAUUUGUCAAAAAGUGGAAAAGUACACUCGUGUGGGAGGAAAACGCCAGAGGGAUCAACUCACACAAGCAGAAACCGUGUCGGCAGGCCAGUUGCUGAAGGCAGCUGAGAUUAAGAAAGAUGCUGCCAUUCUUCUGCACAUCAACGACAAAGACUGUGUUGCUAUAGAGGUCCGGUACCAUAGGACCUGUUACAGACAGUACACCAGGUUCUUGUCACUGUCUACAGCAACGCACACUGCAACCAGAGAUGAAGAAAUACAACCCUUUGCUGACAGCUACAACCUCUUCUGUGACCAAGUGAUCCGUCAAAGGAUUAUAAUUGACAAAGAGGUGCUGAGAAUGGACAAGCUAAGGAAGUUGUUCGUGGACACCGUUAAGAAGCACGAAGAUCUUGAUGCUUCAGGCUACAGGUAACUGAAACAAAAAUAAUAAAAUAUUC